UGGCUGUGCUGCCACUGCCCACCAGUGUGAACCACAGCAUGAGUUGUGGGUAGAAUAAGGCAUCUGCCAUGGGCCUGCCAAGCCUCCUCCUCAGGCCAGAUCUGACAUCCCUGUGAAUUUGUUUCCCUCGAGGUCUGGGUGGCUGUGAGGUCCCCACUGGACCAUGCUUGGAGCUGAUGCUCCACUGAGGCAGGAAGGACCAGAUUCUACUUAUCUAACUCAAAUCUUAUGGCACCAGCACUUCAGGGGUUUCUUCCUGUGACAGGGCUCUGGAAGAGCAGCUGGGGCAGGUUGCAGGAGGUCUGCCGGCGAGGAAGCAGCCUCUUCCUCUUUCCCUGCUUGGCCAACAUCCCAUUGACUCCUGAGACUCAACGGGACCAGGAGCGGCGAAUACGGAGGGAAAUUGCCAACAGCAACGAGAGACGGCGGAUGCAGAGCAUCAAUGCUGGCUUCCAGUCUCUGAAAACCCUCAUCCCACACACGGAUGGGGAGAAGCUCAGCAAGGCAGCCAUCCUCCAGCAGACGGCUGAGUACAUCUUCUCCCUGGAGCAGGAGAAGACUCGGCUACUGCAACAGAACACUCAGCUCAAGCGGUUCAUCCAGGAGUUCAGCGGCUCCUCCCCAAAACGGCGACGAGCAGAGGACAAGGAUGAGGGGAUUGGCUCGCCGGACAUCUGGGAGGACGAGAAGGCUGAGGAUCUGCGCCGGGAGAUGAUCGAGCUCCGACAGCAGCUGGACAAGGAGCGCUCGGUCCGCAUGAUGCUGGAGGAGCAGGUUCGCUCUCUGGAGGCCCACAUGUACCCUGAGAAGCUGAAGGUCAUUGCUCAGCAAGUGCAGCUCCAGCAGCAGCAGGAGCAGGUGAGGUUGCUGCACCAGGAGAAGCUAGAGCGUGAGCAGCAGAUCCGAACCCAGCUCCUGCCAUCACAUGCUCCCCCAGCACCCACCCACCACCCCACCGUGAUCGUUCCAGCGCCGCCUCCCUCCCAUCACGUCACCGUGGUCACCAUGGGCCCGUCCUCAGUCAUCAACACAGUCUCCACGUCCCGGCAAAACCUGGACACCAUCGUUCAGGCGAUCCAACACAUCGAGGGGACGCAGGAGAAGCAGCUGCAGGAAGAGGAGCAGAGACGUGCGGUCAUCGUGACGCCUGCGCGGGCCUGCCCCGAGCCCUCCGCCUCCGACACCGCCUCCGACACCGAGGGCAACGACAGUGACUCCAUGGACCAGAGCAAAGAAGAGCCCUCGGGGGACAGGGAGCUGCCCUGACACCCCCCGGCCAGCAGCUGGGGCGGGGAGCAGGGUGGGGGGAGGGAGGGAAACGUCAGAGAAUAUGCUGAAAUUUUUACAAAAUACAACGCGAUUUGGGUCUCUUUUAUGACCUUUCUCCAAUACUGUAAAGCAGAGCGCCAGAAGCAGGCAAAGGUCACCCUUCAGCUCUCAAGGGGGGGGGCGGGGCACAGCAGGGUGGUGUUAGGGGUGGGGGAGUCCCCCAUCUCAUCAGCACCCCCCGCUAACCCACGGGGAGUCCUGCCAGGCCAGCAGCAGCCCCCAUACUCCCGAUGGCAGCCCCCUAGGACAGGGCCUUCAGUUGGGAUCUUAAUUUGUCUUUUCCUCCUCUUUUGUGUUGUUUUGUUGUUUUGUUUUAAUUAAAUGUUGGGGUUUAAGCAGGGGGCAGACACCAAGUGACAUGGCAGCAGAGGUGGGACAGGGACCCCCACCCUUGGGGUAUAACCAGCCCCACCACAGCUCCCACAGCCUUUGUGGGGCAGGGAAAAAAACCUUUGCAGAGUCCGAAUCCUGGGAUUAUGCCACCGGAGCACGGCAGGGGGGUUGGCACAUGCCACCCGCCCUGGCAUUUUCACCACCCACCUCUUCAGCAUGGGGAUGGUGUUUUGGGGACUGAUUUUUACACCCCUGUCUCCCCCGUCCCAUUUUCCCCCUCCUCCUCCUUUAAGCACUUAAUCCGGUUCGCAGGGUCCGUCAACUCCAAAGAGCUUUUCCUGAUUGUGUCGCUUGGGUCUGGCCCGGGGUGGGUGGGGUGGGGUGGGGUGUGGGGGGUCCCAUUCUGUGUGCGCGCCCCCCCCUCCCCCCACACCCACCUCCUCACCUCUCCCCUGCUGCCCCCCACCCGGCUGUAGGGUUUUAGGCCAGUGGUGUGUAGAGCCUGGGUGGUACUGGGUAGGUUCCCCGCCUCCAGCCGCAGCUGUUUCUCGGUUCCUUUCCCUUUAUUUCGUUUUGUAUUUUUUUUACGAUUUUCAGGUCUUUGUGUUGAUUGAGAAGCUAUUCUAUUUUGUUAAGAAAGUGGAAAAAAAAAAAAAGAGGCUCGUGCCUUUGUAAAGAAACAAAAUAAAGUUUGUACUUGGUUUUUUAGAA